CGUGAACACUUUAGAAAAUCUUACUUUCGAAAACAUAGGAAGUAUUAGUUGAACAAUUUCCAAUAAAGUUAAAUUUAACCUUAAAAUCUCAAAAACAUCAUUAUUUUGAAACAACAUAAACAUUAUAAAACAUCGUAUAAUUUGAAACGGCUGGGAUAUUAAAUAUUACAUUUAUCAUUAAGAAGUUCAAGCGGCUUCACGGAUGGAGCUGUUCUAAUGCCAAAUGUCAUAAAGACGAUGAAAUUGAUUUUCCGGAGCUAUCGCCGUUGGACAUGUUCAUUGAGAAAGCCUUUAUCAAUCAAAUUUUCAGCUGAGAGGUCUAAGGUUCAAGGUGCACGACUGAAACCGAACUUAGAGCAUCUCCAAUGUAAAACUCCAUUUUUUCCUUCAAAAUGGAGUAAAAGUGAAAAUAGAGUAAAAUUGCUCUAUCUCUACUCCAUUUUUCACUUCAUUAACAAACAAAAAAUAGAUUACUCCAUUUAUGGAGUAGAUUUCAUUAUAGAGUGAGAUAUGGAGUUGGAUUGCAGCAUUCCUUACUCCAUAUUUAUUUUUACUCCAUUUUAGAAAGAAAAAUGGAAUGGGGAUGGAGAUGCCCUUAGGACACAAGAGUCCAUACUCCAUUCUCAAUGUUGAUAAGGAAAUGUUUCUAAAGCAUUACAACUUAAUAUUGUGACAAUAAUGAUGCAUAUAUAAAAAUAUAUUUUAAAUCUCAAACUAUUUUCAUGAGAGACCAUAAAAACAACAUGCUCAUUUAAGAAGAACACAACGACUAGUAAGGUCAACUAGUUCAAACACACCAUCUUUCACGAAUCAUCAAAUCGAAAUGACUAGAGAAUUAAAGCGCUCAGACAACUCGGGGAGCUUAACCUCAGUAACAGGCCAUUCUAUCUCACCCCAAACCUCAUUUCCAUGGCGCUUCUCUAACAUGAUUUUCGCGCACCUAAGUUUCCAUCCCUCUAUCUCGUCGUAUUCCUCAAAAUUGCAGAGCCACAUAACUAAAAGUUUCCCACCGUGGUUGAGUAUAUUAACCAUACGCCACUCAUACAAUAGUUCGAAAUUCGAGAGCUUGACGUCUAUCCAUUUUUUACAUUUGGAAUCAUACCAGACUAGAUUAUCGGAGUAGUAUGAAUAACUAUACAUUACAUCAUCUAUCACACUCACACACAAUUUGCCUAAAUAUCCCAAAUUAUCGUGGACUUCCACGACUUCCCACGUACCUUGUUUUGGGUCAUAAGCACAGUAGUUUAUUUUAGUAAUUAGGUAAAUCUUUCCUUGAAGCCCAACUGUAUUUAACCACCCCUCUUCUAGCACAGCAUCUUUAUGUCUAAGCAAGGGGCUCCAAGUAUUAGUCUUCAUGUCCAAUACUUCCAUCCAAGUAUCAUCUUCCCCGCAACCGUCAAAUACAUAUAUUUUCUCAUCGAGAAAAACAGCAUAGGGACACCUUCGAGCCACCAACAUGCUAGGGCCAUCACGCCACGUGUGACUUCGACAAUCAAGAAUACGAACAGAUGAAGAAGGCUGUUCAGAGGAGGUCACACCGAAUAAAUAGAUUUCCGAACCAACCACUACAUUAUGCAAUCCAUAAAUGGUACGAGAGAAUUAGAUUCAGGAAGGGGAACCAGCGAAUAUUCGUUAUUUGGAAGAUCAUCUUCUUGAGCAUUGUCAACAGUUAAUGUUUCAACAUGAGCAUGUUUCGUCCAAAGAGUGUACCAUUUAAGACCAAGGUCUUUGAAACGUUCCACGCAGAUAUAGAUGCAUGGCUCUGUGGUUCCGAUGCGAGAACGUGUCGUGUAGAUUUCUGGAGAAAAGAGGAGAGAUAGGAAUCUCUUGGAGACGAGAGAGAGGUUAGGGUAAUUGCAUUUCGAGAUACGAGCAAGAAUGUUCUCAACGAUUACAUCUGGGAGUGAAGAAAACGAAUGAGGUUGUAGAUUGAGCGGCGGAAGCUGCGGUGGAGGAUUGGUGUUCUUAUUUUCAUGCAGUUGUUCAUCUUGGCGGAUCAUAUUCAGCGAGAAUUACUACCUGUCGAUUGGAGAAGCCCUAUAAAUAUUGUGUUAAACUUCAAGGUCUUGGAAGAGUACAAUUAGCUUUUAUAUGGACCCAACAAAAUCAAAUUAUGAAGACUUUUUCCUAACAAAUCAGUAAAUCUCAAAACAUUAAAAAUAUAAGAGAGAGAAAAGAAUCUAGUAAUUGAAAGUUAUAGAAUUGGUAGAUUUUAUUUCUACUUAUAUUUUCUGAAUAAUUUAACAAAAGUUAUAACUGAAACUUCUCUUUCUAAAAGAAAACAAUUGCAGAUUUAUUAGAUUUAUUACUUAAUUUAAUUUAGUCAUAAUCUGGCAAGAGUAAAAAAAAGAUCUAAAGAGAUAAUACAGAUCCUAAAAAGUUUGGAAACAAACGUUCAAUUAAAAAAAAUAUCAAAUAUUUUUUUCAAAAUCAUCACUUAAGUUAGUAAACGUUUGUUUCCAAACUUUUAUGAAUACAUAAACUUUAAAAAUCACUUAAGUUAUCAUGCUGCUUUCAACGAGACAAAUGAUGCAGAUAACCUACAGCUAGCAGGCAACUGGAACCAAGAGGUUUGGAAUCUAAGAACAGCGCCUAAAGUCAAAAUGUUAAUUUGGAAGGUUCUGAGAGGAACUAUGCUGCUGAUUUAGUAGCAAAGCAGUUGCUUGGUGUAAGUGAGGCCUUUAUGACCUCCAACUAACUUUUAUUAAUUGAAUGAAGUGUGUUUCAAAAAAAAAAAACUACAUAAAAUUCCAUUAGUAUUUUCCUAGGCAUCUGCUUAGUGAAUUUGAAAUUAAAAUGCAUCAUUCUGCCUCAAUGUUAAUAACGUACACAAAUCUAGAUAGCAACGACCAACUGAGCCCUGAACAGAAAUAGGAUCAAUAACAUAACGAUGCGACGGGGGACUGACAAAAAAAACGAUGUAUAAUCACUCACACACAAAAACGUAGUAAUCUCAUUGGAUAGGUCUAGCAGGUUGUCCUAUUAUUCUUCCCCAAGAAAGAGACAAUACUCUUUUGGGAGCAGCAAUAUUCUCCAUGAUGCUAUGAAAGCUUUGAACGCAGCUGGACGAGUAUACGCUUAUCGAACUUCAUUGCUUUGGGUACCCAAAUUCAUACAUUUAUCAUGUCAUUUAUGCGACAAAUGUGAUGGAAUUUAGGUGGUUCAUUCAACAUCAAACCUUAAGGAUCUUACGUGACCCUACGAACAACAAUUGUCUUAUCGGUCCAUCAUCGCUCAAGCUCUUGCGUAGUGUCCUGAUCAACAUAACCUGUAUAGUACUCUGCAGCAUAUCUUUCUUUUCGUUACUUAUACAACUAGGCAAGGAACCCGUGCGAUGUCGCACAGUAACUCAUUUAUAAAAAUAGAUAUUUCAUAUUUUAUAAGAUAAUCUUUUAUAGAAAACUGUUUGCAAUUUUUUGUAAAUAAAUAAAUGUGUUACAAAAAUAAGUUAUCUUUUAUAAUGAGAAGAUAUGACUCUUUAAAACUAAAUAAUUGUAGAAACAUACUUAUUGGAAUAUUUCAAUUAUUUUAAACUAAUUUAUUUUACAAUGAAAAAACACCACUCUUAAUAUUAAUAGAGUUCAGUUUUUUUUUUGGUAUGAAAAGACAUAAAUUUUUCUAUAAUGAAGAAACACAACUCUUACAAUAAUACACUUCAGUUUUUAUAAAAAUAUAUCUUUUUAAAAAUGUAAAAUACAAUUCUUAAAACUAAUACAUUUUUUAUAUGAAAAGACUCAAUUUCUAACAUUAUUUCAGAUUAUUAUUACUAGUUUUUUUAUAAUGAGAAGACACAACGCUUAAAACUAUUAAUUGUAGAAAAACACCUACUGAGAUAUUUUUAACUACUUUUAAACUAAUUUAUUUUUUAUGAUGAAAAGUUACAACUUAAAACUAAUAGAGUUCAUUUUUCAUAAAAGACACAAUUCUUAAAAUCAAUAGAGUUUAGUUUAUUGUGAAAAGACAUAACUUUUUUUUAUAAUGAAGAUACACAACAUAUGAAACUAAUAGACUUCAUUUAUUUUUAUAAAAAAGGCAUACCUUUCUAAUAUAUUCUACUACGUAAAAACACAAUUCUUAUAACUAACAUAUUUCAGUUUUUGUGGAAAGACACGUCCAAACAAAAUUUUCAAAGUCUGAGUCCAAUGACAUCUCUUCGUUCGUACAGAAGUAUAACACUAAUUUGACAAAAGGUGUCAAAAAACUAGAAAUCACCUUGGAACAAGUGGGACUACAGGCUACAGCCUUUGAUAUCUCUCCAUUCUCUAUUAUUGCAAGCCUUUAGUGAAAAAAAAAUUUGAAGAGAAAAAGAUGGUACCAACUUCGUUGUUCCAAAACCCAUUAAUAUUUAAUUAAUGGAAUCUAGUAAUUAAACACCUACAAAUAUAGAACAAGACGUAACUUUGAUUAAUAAAAAUCUUAAAAGAUAUAAAAGAACCAAUGGAAAGAGUACAAUAUCAGAGAGAAUGACAUAUAUAAAUAAAUCUUUUAAAGAGGUGCCAUUGUUAUUCGAGGAAGACGUUGGUUCAGGGAUGACAAAAUAUGUCGUUUGCUUUAAGAAACGAAGAUGUUGUUUGCUUCACCAGGAGAUGCAUUUUGUUUUUCCUAUAAAAAAUGAUAACAUCAACAGUUAACAAAAAAAAAAACAGGUUUGCUAAUUAGGAGGCACAUGAAUAACAAAUAAAGUUUUGUGUUUGAUUUAUUUCUUCAGGAUCUUUGAUGAUCAAUUGAAAAAGUGAAUCUCUCUUUUUCUCUCUAUUUUUUAUUUGUUUUAAAUUAUGAUUUACUAAUACACACAACUUUACAACUCUUUAUAUAGAGAGUUAAAGGUUACAAUGAUUAAUAACCAAUACCAAAAAUUGCAAUGGUUCUUAACCAAAAUUUACUAUUAUGAAUAGUUGCAAUAGUUCAUCUGUAAAGACUACAAUCAUCAAUAGGUACAAUAAUUUAUAGAUAUAUCUUACAAAAAAAUUAAAUUAUCUAAAAAUUAAAUUUUCUGAAAUUUAUAGAUAAUUUUAAUAUUAUAUUUAAAUGUAUAUAAAAUAGAUAGGAAAAUAAAAUAAAAUAUAGCUCAUUUAAAAAGUUAUGCAUAAUUUAGGAUAACAAUAUAUGUCCUCAGCAAUUUUGAGAAUCCUUAAAAAAUUAUGCAUUUUUAAAAAAUAAAAAACAAAUCUUUAGACAAAAAAGCGUUGAAAUAAUAUUAGAAAAAUUUAUGAGAAAAAUCUGUAUUUUAUAUUUUAUCUACAAUUUCUUAAGCUUUGCAAAGAAAUCAUGCCUACUAUUUUUUGCUUAUAACGUUUCAUUUGAAUGUCUUUUAAAAAAAUUUAUCCAAGUAACUGCUUAAAACUUUUUUUUUCCACCAUUUUAUUAUUAGUUCAGUACUGAAAUUUUUAUUUUGAGAAAUGCAUGGCAGAGAUAUUUAUAGAAGUUAAAAAUCUAUUUGAAUAGUCACAACUCUUUUAUUUGAAUAGUCGCAUUCUUCCAAUUUAAAGGUAGUUAUUUUGAAAAGGUACUUAUAAGAAAAAUCACAAUUUUUCACUUUUUAAAAGAUAUUUACAUGAAUAGUUACAACUUAUCAAUUUUUUUACAAAAAAAAAGACACAACAUAACCCAUUACUCUAACAUAUACACAUCUCAUAAACAAAGAAUUGUACAAAGAGAUUUUUGAGUAUUUACGUCAUAAAAAAUAACACAACUAUUUAGACAAUUUUUAGAAAAGACACAACUUUCCAACAUUGAAGUUUUUGAAAAAACACAACCAUUUUUAGAUUUUUGAGAAAAGAUACAACCUUUCAACAUAAGUGAGAUUCACAACCUUUGGAAUUAACUGAGAUUGCUAUUAUUAGUAGAUAAUAAAGCUUGGCUUUGAACUUGUUGACAAUCAGCAUAGAAUAUAAUGUUCAUAGUUAAUCAUGUAGUGCAUUAGAGUUAUACUUUUGUUGCACUAUGUGGGCUUUUAGGCGUUUUAUCUCAUUUGCAUUUUGGAUCCAACACAACUCCAACCUGGUCUAAUGAGAACCACUUUGAAACUUAUACUAUCAGUUAUAUAAAAUGUCAAAUGGUAAUAAUAAAUUAAAACUAAACUUUAUGCCUAAAUAUUGCCGGCUGACUUAGUUAAAAAACAAUUAUCGGUUAUAUAAAUAAUAUUAUACCAUUAACGAACAAUUCUUUACAUUAAAUCAUCUCGCCUCCCAAGACUUUUUUGGGGUAGUCUACAAUAUCGAUUAAUAUAUAACUUACCUACUAUGCAUAAAAUAUACGUUAAGCAUAUAUAAACUACUAUAAUACAUGCUUAGUUAUAUACAAAAUCUAAGAAUUCAAAACAAAUUCAAAUGUGGCUAUCAUAAUCGAACAUGUACACCACUAAUAAUAGAGUUGAAAUUUCAUCACUAAAACCUUAUUUUAGUAUAUAAAAUAAAAAUACAUAUCACUAAAAAAUCAUAUAAACAAAUUUCCCCUCACGAUUUGAAGCUUAUAUAAAACCAAAGUAAACACCAUUAGGUGAAGCUUCACCCGCAAUGGCUUCUCCUAAACACAUUAAUAGGUUUUCGUCUGCAUUCGCGGCUCUCAUACUAAUACUCGUAGCAUGUUUUCAUUGCGUUGAUGCUGCAAACUACCAACAACAAUUCGUGGGUCCACAAAACGCAGCAAGAGCUCGCUUGAGGCUCAAACCGCUAAAGUGGGACGCCAAACUAGCCCGUUACGCGCAGUGGUGGGCCAACCAGAGGCGCCGUGACUGCGCCUUGAUCCAUUCGAAUGGACCGUACGGUGAGAAUCUAUUCUGGGGAUCAGGCAAAAGAUGGAGCCCGGUUCAAGCCGCUAAUGGAUGGUUGUCCGAAGCAAGGAGCUAUAACUAUUACUCCAACUCGUGUAGGGCCGAGAUGUGUGGCCAUUACACGCAGAUUGUGUGGAAGAACACGCAGAGGAUAGGCUGCGCUCACGUGAUUUGCAAUGGCGGACGCGGUGUGUUAUUCGCUUGCAAUUACUUUCCACCGGGGAAUUUUCUUGGGGUGAGGCCUUAUUGAGUAUGAUCCAUUUGUACAUCUCACAAAAAAAACUCAUACCAAAAGAAGUUGUUCUUGCGUUCAUUUUAUUCUUUCUUUUGUAUACAGCGUUAUUUAUUAUUGGUGAAGUUUUAACGUGCGGUCGGGAAAACCAGACAACGAUUGUUUUCGGACGUUUUCUUAUGUAUGUUUGUGUGAGGACCAUUUCCUUUGGUUAAUAAGACUUAAGUAAUUAUAUACAUAUCUCAAAUUUUGGACAAUAAACUAUUUUAAUCUAGUAGUCUCAAAUUAUUUCUAAACUCUAUAUUUUAAAAAAAUGAUGAUUAAAAUAAUAAUGAUGUAGUUUUAAAAGUUAAUAGCUCUAUUUAUAUCUUGACAAAAAAAAAGUAGCUCUGUUUAUAUAUAUUUAACGUUUUUUAAAAUUAUAAACCCAAAAUUUUGAAGUAUAUCUAAAAUUAAAAAGUUUUAGAUCCUUUUUUUUUUGAAACACUUACUCAAAUUUUAAAGUUUUAGAUCCUAAGUUUUAGAUCCUAAUAUAUACUUUUCAUAACAGUUAGGAAUUGUAUCAUAGAAUAGUUAUAUCACAGGGUCAUUCUCAAUGUUGUCACUAAAUCGAUUGCAAAACAGUGAAGAAAAGACAUGGAUAAGCAUAUUAAACAUGACGAGUUUACAAGAUUUAAAGACAAGACCAUCUUCAAAUGAUUGCUUGAAACUUGACUGUUUUUUAAUAGAUACUGAAAACAUCAUCAUAAAUUACAAUCCCUUCCAAAAAUACAUUCAUCAUAGGCACAACAACAACAACAACAUCAGCAGCAGAAGAUGAACAGAGAUGGCUAUUUUGACUAAUUAAUAAAAA